AUGGCAGACUACACAGUUCCCCUCUGGCUCGACGGCAAAGAGGUCGUGACCGAAACCACAUUCGACGUCAACUCGCCCAAGACCGAGAAGAAGCUCUGGAGCUGCUCAUCUGCCUCAGUCGAAGAUGCCCAAAAGGCAGUGGACUCAUGCCAACGCGCCUGGAAGUCAUGGAAGAAAUUGAAGAGCCCUGAGAUUCGCAAGAUCCUCUUGAAGGCCGCAGAUAUCAUGGAGAGCCGCUUGGACGAACUGGCUGGAUACCAAAUGGAAGAGACGGGUGCUCCUGAGUUUAUCGUCAAAAGCUUCAACUUGCCUACAACUGUCGAGAUGUUCAGAGAUGUCGCUGGUCGCAUUGGUGGUAUUGUCGGCAUGAUCCCUCAAACUCAAGAUGGUGGAGCUCUGGUCUUCAAGGAGCCUUACGGUGUCGUUCUGGGCAUUGCUCCCUGGAACGCCCCUUACAUCUUGGGUCUGAGAGCCGUCAUCUACGCCUUGGCUACUGGCAAUACUUGCAUUCUCAAGGGUAGCGAGCUUUCUCCUCGCUCGUUCUGGGCCAUCGGAAGUGUCUUCCACGAAGCCGGUCUGCCUGCUGGUUGUCUCAACGUCCUCUACCACCGUACUCAGGACGCUGCUGCUGUUACAAAUAAGCUCAUCGAGGCACCUGAGAUCAAGAAGGUCAACUUCACUGGCAGCACUGCCGUCGGUGCAAUCAUUGCCGCCAAGUCUGGUGAAAACCUCAAGCCUUGCCUGAUGGAGUUGGGUGGCAAGGCAUCCGCCCUUGUCCUCGACGAUGCCGAGAUUGAGAACGCCGCCUUCCAAUGCGCUCUUGGAGCUUUCGUCCACGCCGGUCAGAUCUGCAUGUCUACCGAGCGCAUCAUCGUUCACAAGUCUAUCCUCGAGCCCUUCUCAGAAGCUCUCAAGGGUGCCAUUGCAAAGAUCUAUCCGGAUUCUGGUGAAGCUCCCAUUCUGGUUGCUAAACCCGCUGUCGAGAAGAACCAGAAACUUGUCAAGGAUGCUGUCGAGAAGGGCGCUAAGCUCCUUGUUGGCGAUCUCAACUCCAAGGAGACCAACGCACACCGUCUUCGUCCUUUCGUCGUACAAGACGUGACCAAGGAGAUGGAUCUCUACUACACAGAAUCUUUUGGCCCCUCGGUAUCGCUUCUCACCGUUGAGUCCGACGAGGACGCCGUAAACUACGCCAACGACACCGAGUAUGGUCUCUCUGGCGCUAUCUUCACAAAGGACCUGCAAAGAGGUAUCAGACUGGCCAGACAGAUCGACAGCGGUGCCGUGCACAUUAAUCAAAUGUCAGUGCAUGACGAGGCUGGCCUGCCUCACGGAGGUGUGAAGAAGUCUGGAUGGGGACGAUUCAAUCACGAAUAUGGCCUCAAUGAGUUCUUGAAGCUCAAGACUGUCACUUUCGCAGGCGAUUGGUGA